ACCAGAGAUAUACCGGGAUGGUUCAGAUCAAAAUAUAUUCAGGUGCUAGAACGGUCCAGUCAAAGAUCAGACCUGAAUCCGGUUGAAGAUCUAUGGCAAGACUUGGUGGGGAGAAAAAAUGAUAGUCACACUCUCUGUCCAGUCUGAAUGAACUUGAACUAUUUAGCAAGACAGAAUGAGCAAAAAGUUUUAUCUGAUGUGCAACGCUGACAACAAUCCACCAACAGGAACUUUAAGUUGUUGCAGGAACUGUGAAAACAAAACUCACAGCUGACAUUCAUAAACUGUAUUGAUUUGUUUGGUCUCUUUUAGCAUUUUAUUAUUUGGGUUGGUAUGCUUUAACUGUUAAUGACACAAUAAACUGUUCUCUUAUCUUCCUUAUCUACAUGUGACCCCUUCCGCAGGAACCUUUAUUCCAAAUGACCUCAGAUAAAACUAACUGUACGGUACUUCACCCUUGUUUACCUUUAAUCAAGAUGCUUAUUAUCACACUGACAUGGCCCCCACUUCAUUGCAAUAAAGUCUCCUCCCUCACAGCUCUGCCCCUGAUAAAACACUGAUUGAUUGUUUUGCCCACAGAUGAGAAACUAUGGAAAAGAAAGCCUUGCUUACCUCCGGACAGCAGAGUACCGUCUUCCUUUCCAACAAGGAGGAGGUGUACAGGAUUCCUGCUCUGCACUAUGACCAAGACCAAAAGAUUCUGCUGGCCUUUGCAGAGAAGCGGCGAACCUCAAAUGAUGCCAGUGCGGAGGUGCUGGUCAUGAAAACAGGAGAGCUGGUCAAAGACGAAGCCACUCUUGAAAUAAGUGUUAAGUGGUCAGUGUCCAGAAACGUGGUGGAGAAGGUCCAUCUUGGUGGAUAUCGUCCCAUGAAUCCAUGCCCAGUCUACGAAAAGACGACCAAGACACUCUUUCUGUUUUUCAUCUGUGUCGAAGGAAACGUUUCAGAACCAUGGCAGAGGUUCUGGGGCGUCAACAAGGCCCGUCUCUGCUACAUGACGACCAGAGACGCCGGUGAGACCUGGAGCUCGGUCACUGAUUUGACAGUAAAUUUUCCUCAGACCAAACAGUGGGCAACGUUUGCCGUUGGUCCGGGUCACGGCCUCCAAACAGAAAGCGGUAGACUGAUCGUUCCAGCCUACGCUUACGUCUCUCGCUUCCCCUCGUGCUUCUGCGUGUCGUGUUUUUUUGCCGUCUCGCGCGCGUUCUGCUUUUACAGUGACGACAAAGGCGCCACGUGGCAGCUGGGCAACACGCUCGACGACAAAUCGGUUGAAUGCGAAAUGGCCGAGGUUUCGGAUGGCGAAGGCAGCAGGUACGUUUACUGUAAUGCCCGCAAUGAGGGAGGCUACCGUGUGGAGGCAGUCAGUGACAACGGGGGAGAGGAUUUCCUCACCCUCCCUUUUGCUGAGAAGCUCGUGGAAACAGGCGGGGGAUGUCAGGGGAGUGUGGUCUCCUUUCCAGCUCAACCUGGAGUGGCUGGUGCAAAUCUGGAGCCGCGGUGGCUGCUUUACUCCCAUCCGACCAGUCAGUCCAAAAGAGUGGACCUAGGGGUGUAUCUGAACAAAUCCCCACAGGAUCCAAGUGCAUGGAGCAACCCUUGGAUCCUCAACAAGGGCCCCAGUGGUUACUCUGACCUGGCAUACCUUGAAGAUGGCUGGUUUGCAUGUCUGAUGGAGUGUGGAGAAGCAUCUGAAAUUGAACAGAUAGCAUGCAAUGUCUUCAGCUACAUUCAAGUAAAAAAAGGUAUUGAAAACUAAAACACUGAUCCUUGCAAACACAGUUUGCAAAUAUCAAUUUUUACUCCUUAAUAGGAUUAACAUAAGCAUAGUCACACCAUCAUUAAAUCAUUUGCUGAUGACAUGAAGAAAUACUUUCUGAUUACACAUACUAGCAUUUUUAGGCACUUUGCCAAUUAAUUGGUGGAGGUGAAAAUCUUUUUUUGUUUGAUAUUCAUCUGACAUUUUCUAUACUUCCAACUGCUUGUCAACUAUAGGCAAAGACAGAUAAAUCAAUGUGUCAAUUACUAGUGAAAUAACUUAUUAUAAAACAACACAAGUGUUUUACUCGUGAUGUUUUAACCCUGAUAUCAUACCUGAUCUUUGGUAGACGCUCAGCAUAAGGAGUUUAAUCUAUCGGUGUUUUGUUGACGAAGUGACAGAAACAAACACCGGGAUUUUAGUGAUCUCUUAAAACUGAGAAGCUAUUUGUCUCGAUUCUUUGUCUAUUGGAAAGAACCCAAUGAACCCUGGAAUAAUCCCAUUUAACUUUGGGUCCAUGUUUAACACGCAAAUUCUAAAGUCAAAAAUGAAUCAUUUCUGACUCUAGAUGCUGGUGCAGACAGAUUAACACGCUAUAAUCCUAACAGACAAACGAAAAAAGAAAAAAAAAUGGCUGGACUGCAUCCUUUGAUUAUGUUCGAAAGAAGUCGGGUUUCCAGGGGUUUUUACGGUAUAUUUUUGGUCAUCUAUUGAACUUUGUGCUUUUGAUCAAACUUUGAUGUGAAAAUAAAUAUCUAAAUAUGAUGUAUUCAAGCAUUUAAUUGAGAUUUAACUAAUGAAUAAAGUGUUAUUUUUCCUUCAA